AUGGAGAUUUCUCCUCGUUGUUUGGUUUCUCUUCUUCCAAUCCUCCUUUUGUUUGGAUUCGCCUCAUCUCUCCAUAUCUCUCUUGAUGAAUUUGAGUCACAUCCAGCCACAAGCCGAGCGCUUCUUCAGGCAAAAACAACGUGCAAAGAAGAUUUUGCGAGCAAGAACUACACAAUCAUAACGAGUAAAUGCAAAGGACCAAAUUAUCCGGCCAAGAUAUGUUGCUCGGCUUUCAAGGACUUUGCAUGCCCAUUCGCGGAAAUUCUUAACGACGAAAAGUCAGAAUGUGCCUCCACAAUGUUCAGCUACAUCAACAUCUACGGUCGUUAUCCUCCCGGAAUAUUCGCAAACAUGUGCAAAGAAGGCAAAGAGGGGCUCGACUGCACCAACGUUACCGCUGCUGCAACUUCUCAUGCGCAUGCAUCGAUCCCUCUCGUCCCCACAUACGCAUUGGUGAUAGUCACCGUUUUCUUCUUUUCCCUCUUCUAA